CGCUUGUCAUAUUGAUCGGGGUCAACUUAGUCAUACUGUCUGAAACUGUAAACAACCAUGAAAAUGUCUCAGUUAUAUUGCCAUCUUCUAAUGGAAAAAUGAUAUUUCGAAAACAGAAUAAUGAAAAAUAGAUAAUGAAGAGAUUCAGAAUGGAUACACAGAUUCUGUCAGUGUGUCUAAUUAUCGUGUAUUUGUCCUGCCAAGAAGUGGAGGCAUCAGCAAAGUUAUAUGCAUUCGACCAGAGAAAAUAUUGUCCAGAAAAUGGCGCUCACACUCAGUCCUUGAUGCUCAGUGAUGAAGUUAUCCUCCUGGCCAAGUCAAAGUCUGAUUCCUCCAUUGUGGACAGGAUCACAAAUUACUUCUUUGAACCUGUGACCGAGUGUGAGAUGAAGUUUAUGACGUCUUCUCAAGACUCAAACAAAAAGCAAGCACUCGAGAUCGAGUUUGAGAGUUUUAACAUUGCCAGGGUUGCAUGCAACGUUAGACUCGAGAUCCAUCAGAGUUCAUCUCAGUUCUUCACUGCAGAUGUAAAAGAAAUGGCAACAUUGACAUGUGGAAGCCCUAAACCUCCUAUCAUGUACACAGACAGGGCAUUUGUUGUUCGUUUCCGGUUCUUUACAUCAAACAGUAAAAGUGACUACUUUAACUUCAGGAUUACAAUCAAACGCUCAGAUGGUGAGCCAAAGGAAGAAGGCAUGUCUAUCGGGGUCAAGAUAGGGGUCACAGUGAUUUCUGUUGCGGCGGCCAUUACCCUUCUGCUUCUGGUCUAUAAGUUUGUGAAGCUGCGCUGUGAGACUAAAGACAUUGAGAACCCGAGCCAGCGGUCACGGCAAGGCAGUGAUGAAGAUGAGGCAGAGAAUCUUCGAGACUACCACGAUGAUAACUUUGUGAUGACGGACUUCCCCUAUGCCAAUAUGCCUAUUGUGAUUUUAAAUGGGGAUGAGGCACCCCCACCUUAUAAAGACAUAGCUCCUCCAGCUUACGAAGAGGCUCUACAGAUGCCAAAAGCAACCGAGCAACACGAAGAAGCAACCUAUAGCAACUUUGAGACACUGCACAGUGGCUCUAACUUCAACAGCAACCAAGGAACAAGUCAGAGCAGCCUUCAAAGCAACACAGAACCGGACACAGUAGAAUCAGAUCCUGGAGAUAUAGGAUCAAGUCAGUCAAAUUUAGCCAGUAACAUAGGGCAAGCAACUAGGCAACCAGAUAUAGCAACCAAUGUGCAACCAGCAACAGGUCAUUCCACAGAGCAGACCCAGGUCUGAGUAAGGCUAGCAACACAGAUGGGACUGUGUAGUUGGUUUACCGUAAUUGGUUUAGUUAGUGUCUUGAUUGCGUUGUAGAUAUAGCAACUUUCUUAUGCAAAAUUCAUUUAAUUUAAUGCUGUAGAUAACAAAAAUAUCUGAGAUUUUAUUUGGGAAGGAAUAUUUAUCACAUUAAAAAUUAAUUCGUUGUAAAGCAAGCUUGUCGUGAAAAAUGUACACCUGACAGGUGCAUGAGAUAUCAAGCAAGUUGUAUUUAGAGUUCUUUUUAAGUCCUUACAACAAAUUUGGUGGUGCUUAAAAUUUUUAACUUAAAUCAAUUAAGUAGCGGUGUAUCAAAAUGAUGCUUUAAGUGACAUGAUGCAAAUGUUACAACUGUAAAAAAAAUUCAUGCAUAAGUAGAAUUUUUGCGUGAAUCCCACAAGUCUUAUUUCUUUUUAACAAGAAACUAUGAACUUUUAAAGAAACAAUAUGGUUAAAGGUAGAAAAAGGAAAAGUAGAAUUAUUUUCUGGCCUAGCAUAAACAUAUCAAUUUUCCCUUCUGCUUCCAGAUCACACAUGCAUAACCAACUGCAGUAGUUUUCUGUAAAUACAUGUACUGUAGCGUGGAAUACAUAUUUUGCGUGUACCUGUAAUUUCUUUGAAGAUGCACUCAAAUACAUUUUCUUUGCCAUCAUGUAACUGUAAAAUUGUUUUUUUUGAUUUAUCGAUUUCAGUCUCGCAUGUUUUGUGAUAUAAAUAUUGACCAUGUUAUAAAUUCAAAUAACCCUCCUAAAUUCAUGGAUGCAUCAUUUAUCAUUGUACUUCAAAAUACCAGGGUAGAAUAAAAGUAGUUGUAUCUCUUUUUGGUUGCAUUUGUACAUUGAUUAAAUUUAGUUUUGUUUUGCGACUGUGUGAUGUAAGUAUUUUUUUUCUAGUAAAAGUUGAGUGUAUGGGCAUUCUAUAACAUAUACAUAUAUAUUUAUUGUAAUUUUAAUCAUUUAUUAAUGUGUGAAAACUUGUACAUGUUUACAAUGAAACUUAUAUAUGGUGAUUUUUGCAGGUUUUAAUUGAAUCCAUUAUAUGUAUGUACAUGUACCGGUAUCUGUUUAUUUUACUGUGCCUGGUUUGAUAUUGUUUUAAUCCGAAAAUGGCAAUAGUUUUUCAUUUAGAAAGCCUACCUGUUGUGUUUACCUAGUUUUCAUGAAACAAACUGAAAAAUUAAUACAGACACCUGAUACAUGUAUCAUGGUUGUUCCAGAAGAUAUUUGUUCUUCAUGCAUUGUACUUAUUUUCUUGUUAUUUCAUUAUUUAAUACUGAGUUUAAUGUGAUUGUUAGCAUUAUAUGUAUCUUUUAGUCAUUCAAUUAACACUUUAUUUAGUGGCAUUUAAAAUCAAUCGCCCUUUCCGUUGUCAGUAGAAACAGCGUAUGUUUGUAAUGUAUUGUUAUUAUUCAGGAUGAUGAAGCAACAUGAAUGUAAACACUCUAUAGCUUAAUUUCAGUUUUAUUAUAAUUGCCAACACAUAGAUAUUAAAUAUACAUGUAUAUAAUAUAUAUAUGACCAACGAUCAUUUCCCUAUCAUGUUCACUUAAAAUUCCCAGUGUUAAUUUAUAGUCAAUAACGUAAGCAUUAUAUGAACACGCAAUCACGCAUCAUUUAAAAUUUUGACUUACUCCUAGAAUUUGCAUGAUCUUUUGACCUGUAUGUCUUUUUAGAAAAUAUAUGCAUAGUUUUCACAGUUUUUCUUGUAUGCCUUUCCAUUUAUAAUAAGUGUGCAAAAUAAUGUUGCAUCCUUAUUUGUGUAAGAAUGUUAUCCAUGUCUCUGAUUUGUGCAGUGCCUUCAUUUCCUUAAUCCUUGUGCUGACUAUUGCUUGUUGUGUUGAGUUUAAAGUUCUACUGUGUUGUCUGCUUAUUUAUGUUUGGUGAUCACUGUAGUUGUUUUGGUCCGUUUUGUAGAAAUUUUUGAAACAAUUUUCAGAAUCUUCUCUGAAUCUUGUUUAUCCAAUUAGUGUGAAUGUUAAUUCCCCUAUGUCUUUCUAUAGUAUAAAAACAAAGUAAUGUACAUCAUUAAUGGUGUGUAUUUUAUCCAAGUGGUAAUCAACCAGUUACUUUCACUACAGAACAUUAGAAGUGUUUGGUCCAAUCUGGUGGCCAAAAUCUUGGAAUACUUAUUGGUCUAAAGGAGAGUACUUUCCACUUUCCUUAUCACCACUGAUAUUAAUCAUAAAUUAGAGAUCUGAAAAUUUCAAAUUACAAAUUUAAUUAAUUAUGAUAAUUUUUGGGGUUCAUCCUGUAUAGUAAAUUUAUGUAUGCAAACAAUUUAGGGAAAGUCUUUCAUGCAUAAUUAGAUUUACAUGACCUUUAGACCACUGUCGUUUUGCUGCAAAUUUGUUUUAAAACCACUUGCAGAUUACUUAUAAAUCAUUUUGUUCAAUUUUUUUUUCUUCAAAAAAACAAAACGAUAUCAUAGUUUGGUUACUAGUAUUUUCAUUCCAAAAUGAUUGUAUGGCUUUAGACAAUAUUUGACAAUAAUAGAUCUAUUUUGCGUGAUUUUUCUCCUGAUGUUGAAAAACUUAACAGGAGUAAAUAUGUUUGAAUAAACACAGAAAAAUUAAUACUCUUGCCAUAUUUUAUAUUUUGUUUUACAUGAAGCAGGUGUGUAAAUGUUUUCUUACAAAUUAUUGUAUAGUUUUAAAACAAGUAAAAACAAAAACAGAUUUUUUUACUUUGAUAGAUGUGUUGAAUUUCAGCGUGUGUAAGUUGGGUUUUUUUGUGGGUUAUUUUUGGGUAAUAUCAGAUUUAUGUACCAAUAUUUCUUAUUUACACCAAUAUAAUCCUAUGUGUAUAUGAAUGAUUUGUAUGGACCAGUUAUGAUAAAUCAUUCGUAUCUCUCCUCUUUUUUCUGAUUGUUUAUACAUUAAAAUUUGCAUUCCAUAUGUCUGGUUUAUAAAUAAUAUAUAUAACCGCGUAGAACAGUUGUUUAUUUUUGCAUGGUGUGACGUAAUGUUUAAUAUUUAAUAUAUUAUGUGUUAUGAACACUUAGGUUGAAAACAGAAUAAAAUUCUAAUUUGA